AUGUGUGAGUCUCUAGAGGCUAAGAAUCACGAUUCAUUCAAGAGUGAGAAUAAGAGUCCAAAUGUGGAAGUUAAUAUGGCCAACAACACUUCUAGUCCCAGGGUGUUCCUCCAAACGUUGAAAUUAAAAAUGGUGUGUGGUAACAAAGAAAUUCCAGUUAGGGCAAUUCUAGAUUCUGGGUCACAAAAGACUUAUGUAUUAAAGAAUGUUGUUGAGAAAAUGGGAUAUAUCCCACUCAGAAAAGAAAUUCUGAUGCACUCAUUGUUUGGGGGCAUUAAAUCUGACAAGUGCGACCAUAAUUGCUAUAGGAUAAAACUGAGAAAUCAAGACAACAGUGUUACAUGCAACCUGGAAGCAUUAGACCAGCCAUCUAUAUGUGACAAAAUUUCAUCAGUCACUCCAGGUUCAUGGAUUACAGAGCUCCGUGAGAUGAAGAUCAGGCUAUCAGAUGUAGGGGAGGAGCCACAAUCUGUUCAAGUGCUUCUUGGUUCAGAUGUGAUAGGGAAGCUCAUGACUGGCCAGCGUAGAGUUCUAUCCUGUGGGCUUGUUGCCAUGGAGACACUACUUGGCUAUACUCUGUCAGGUAAAGUUCCUGAAAAUGAGAUGUCAUCAUACAAUGCUAUGCUGGUGGCCUCCCUAUUUGUGAAAGAGAUGGAUAUCUCCCAAUUAUGGAGAUUGGAUUCCUUGGGGAUCCAAGAUCUUUCAAAACAAAAAACUAAAGAGGAGCUUCAUAAAGCGUCGAUGGAGCACUUCUUAAGAACUGUCAAGGUCGAUGAAGAAGAGCGAUUCCUUGUCUCCCUACCUUGGCUUGACGGUCAUUUGCCUCUUCUAGACAACUUCAAUUUGGCACUCAAAGGGUUGCAAGUGACAACCCAUAAGCUGAAGAAGGAAAACUUAUUUCAAGAAUACGGUGAUGUCUUUAAAGAAUGGGAACGAGAAGGCAUAAUUGAAGAAGUUCCCCAAGAGGAAAUAAAGUCUGAUUGUCACUAUCUGCCCCAUCGACAUGUGGUGAAGCCGAACAGCACUACGAAAAUUAGGCCCGUCUUUAACGCUUCAUCAAAACUAAAGGGAGCGGCCAGUCUCAAUGACUGUUUGCAAAAGGGAUUAAACUUGAUUGAAUUGAUCCCUUCCAUGUUAACAAGGUUUCGACUGUAUAGGUUUGGCAUUUCGGCUGAUAUACGGAAGGCCUUCUUACAAAUAAGUCUAUAUAAGGAGGAUCGAAAUUUCCUGCGAUUUUUGUGGCACAGUGAAGAAGGAGAGCUCAUACAUUACCGACACUGCCGAGUGGUGUUUGGUGUUUCCAGCAGCCCGUUCUUGCUUGGGUCAACAAUCCAAUACCACUUGGAGAGAAAGUUGGAAGAAGCGCAGCAAGGCCGUACAAGAUACCCUGAGUGCAUUAUGCAAAAGUUGAUGAACAGCUUUUACGUGGACAAUUGUUUAGCAAGCGUCAAAACCCAGUCGGAGCUAGAACGAUUUAUUGAUGUAGCCACGGAGAUCAUGGCUGAAAGAAAAUUCGACUUACGAGGGUGGGGGCACUCUAGUCCAUCUGAUCCAAUAACAAGUCCUACAAUCACCUUGGAAACGAUUUGGGACAGACAUUGUGAUACUCUUUCAAUAAAUAUUCCUGAUUUGAGAGAACUAAUGGAAGAGGUAAUCACGAAAAGAAAUAUUCUUGCUGCUUCCCACAAAGUGUUUGAUCCCUUGGGGAUUACUAGUCCAAUGUUGCUACUACCAAAACUUUGGCUACAAAAUUUGUGGAAAUCUAAAAUCGGUUGGGAUGAAGAAGUAGAUCUAAAAACACGUCAAGAUUUUUUGAAGUGGCUAAUGGAGCUGGAAUAUUUGAAGCAUGUUAAAGUACCAAGAUGGUUACACUGUGAUAGCGGAUUUGAGCACAUUUCAUUGCAUUUUUUUUGCGACGCAAGCAAACUAGCCUAUUCUGCGGUUGUUUUCCUACGAGUUGAUAGUGGAAACUCUGUACACAUACAACUUGUGCAGAGUAAAACUAGAAUUGCACCUUGUGGGAAAAAGGAAACAACUAUUGCAAGGCUGGAACUUCUUGGUGCUGCUAUAUCUGCUCGUCUUUCUUCCACUGUCUUGAAAGAGUUUCCAACAGACAAUGUUUAUUUCUGGACAGACUCUACUACUGUGCUGGCUUGGUUGAAGAGAGAAGAACAGUGGGGGUGUAUUUGUUUACAACCGUGUUCAAGAAAUUCGAAAGCUGACACCAGUCAAAGCCUAGAGACACGUUCCUGGAUCACUGAAUCCAGCAGACUGUCCGAGUAG